AUGCUGAUUGCAUCCCUGCCAAAGGGCCUUGGUAUCCGCUCGUCCCACGCAUUGGUCGUGCAGACCCCCCUCCGAACAUUGGCAUCCUCGAGCGUUUCCUUCGCCAAAGCUUCCCCUCACCUUCUAGCCUUGCCUACUCUACCCAAAGAAACGGACCACGCAGCAGCCAGAGAAUGGGUCGAUAAUUUCCAAUUAGAUGAUAUACCGAAAGAUGCGUAUAUAAUCAGUCGAAGUAGAUCAAGUGGACCUGGAGGUCAGCACGUCAACAAGACAGAAUCAAAAGUCACUCUACGUUGCGAUCUAAGCAAAGCCAAAGGUAGCUGGCUGCCUGACUUCGUAUUUCAGCCUAUGAUGAGAUCUCCUCACUACCUACCCAGCCCUCCAACCUUACUCAUAUCCUCCCAAACAUCCCGUACGGCCUCUCAGAAUCUCACGACUGCCCUUGACAUCUUACAUAAAACCAUAAUCCAUGCGGCAGAAAGCGUCAUUGUCAAUCCUACAUCUCACGAACAAAAAGCAAAAGUCAAGGGAUAUAUCAAGAAGGAGAAUGAGAAGAGGAUAGAGUUGAAGAGGAGAAACUCGGCCAAGAAAGCCUCGCGAAGGGAUGUCGAUUGA